AUGCUGGUGACACGAUCUCCUGAAAACAAAGGUGCAGACGGCCAGCAGAAUGAACCAGCAAUCCAGCAGGCGCAACCGCAACCGCAGCGAAGACGAGCCACAAGUAAGGUAUGCGAGGAGCCGUACAACGAGGAAAUGAUUCUUUGCGAAGGGGUAUGUAGAAAAUGGUUCCAUUUUAUAUGUGUAGGUAUAAGUAGUGUUCAGGCUGAUGAGUUGGAUAGGUGGGUUUGCGAUGAUUGUAAGGAAGGGUAUAGAAAAAGAGUAGAAAUUCUCUGCAGGGAAGUAAUUGCGUUGAAUGAAGUAGCGCAAAAAACCAUCGACUUAAAGAAGAGAGGAACGGUGAUCCGGUCAGCGAUAGAAAAGUUUAAUAAUGCCAAACAAAAGUACAUCACUCUAACUGGGAGUUUUAUCGACCAAAAUGGAGAUCCAUUGCCAAAUCCAAGGUUAGAGCAGGUUCGGGAAAUGGUUACUGAAGAGGAUAACGAGUCAGAGGGACGGUCAACAUCUUCAAAAAACUCAUCCAUGUCAACUGCUACGAAAGUCAAGAUGCGAUUGCUGGAGAGGCAACGAAAGGUACUGAAGGAGCAGCGUCUAAACCUGCAACUAGAGCACGAUGUCCUCAAACAACAACAAGAUCUAAUCGACCAAGCAUCUGUCUGCGAUCUUGACUCCGAAGAUGAAGAAAAUGACCAGGACAAUAACAUCAAACUGAAUCCUCAAGCGCGUGAAUUCAAUCCUAUCAAGAUACCUAAUCAGUUCAAUCUAGGCACAUAUGAACCAACUAUCAGCGGUGAAUAUAAACCACCAUUCGAUCAGAGGCAAAUUGCGGCUCGAAAAAUCUACAGAGCACUUCCAACAUUCACAGGCGAGUUAGAAGAAUGGCCCGUGUUUAAACGAAUGUUUGAACAAUCGACAAAAGAAUGCGGCUAUUCUAACGAAGAAAACUUAAUGCGCCUGCAACAAUCACUCAAAGGCAGAGCUAGAAACGAGGUGGCAAGUCAACUAUGCGAACCAUCAUGCAUACCAGACAUUAUGGAAUCUCUUAUGCUGGCAUUUGGACAGCCAACAGUAAUUCUUAACGCCCAGAUUGAUAGGAUGAGUAAAUUUCCACCUGUGAGAGCAGACAAGCUAGAAUCAAUAAUUCAAUUUUCAACAGCAGUCACUAACAUGAAUGCAAUUAUGAAGGCAUCGUCAUUAGAAAGUCAGUAUGAUAAUCCUUUAUUGUUAAAAGAACUGUUAAAGAAAUUGAAUAAUGAUAUGAAAAUGAAAUGGGCUUCAUAUGCUUACGAAAAUAACGUCUCAGGGGUUUUAGCAUUCGGGUCUUGGUUGAAAAUAGAAGCAAAAAAGGUUUAUUCCAUACUACCAUCGUUCGAGAGGGUCGAAAAGCAGCCAUCUAAAAAAGAAACUAGAAUUAAUGUUCACGUUAUAAAUGAUUCAUUCCUUAAAUGUAUAGUUUGUUCAAACAAAUGUAAAUCAGUAGAAUCUUGUGCAGUUUUUAAAGGUUUACCUUCAUCUGAUAGGUGGGAAAAGGUCAAAGAACUUAAGCUAUGCCGACAAUGUUUAACCGCCCAUAGGAUGAAAUAUCCAUUCAAUUGUAAGAAGGCGGUUAAAUGUAAUGUAGCCGGUUGUAGUCGUAAACACCAUCCACUUAUGCAUUUAGAAGUUAACUCGCAAAUUAAUCUACCUGUAGUAGAAUCUAUACAGAACAGCCAUACGAGAUUGGGAGAUGAAUUUCAGUUCCAGUAUUUACCUGUAAUAUUACACCACGGAAACAAAAAUCAACAAGUGAUGGCGUUUUUGGAUGGUGGUUCUAGUGGAACUCGUAUCGAAGAAGAUGUGGCUGAGCAGUUGGGAUUAACAGGCCCAAAGGUAAUUCUAAAUUUAAAGUGGACAGCCAAUGUGACGCGUCAAGAAGAAUCAACUAAGGUUUCCGUAUCUAUCUCCGGUGUAUAUGAAGGCGCUAAGAAAUAUGUAAUUCCCGAAGCACAUACGAUUAGAGAACUCAACUUACCAAAACAAACCUUGUCUUAUGAAGAGCUGGCGAAUAAAUAUAAUCAUUUACGAGGCCUUCCAGUUUGUUCAUACAAAUCAACACAACCUAAGAUAAUGAUUGGGAUCAGUGAUUGGCACUUAGCAGUUCCCAUAAAAGCACGAUUGGCCGGAGAUAAAGAUCCUGUCGCGACUAAGUGUAAAUUAGGUUGGUCAGUAUUUGGGUCAAAGCGAAUAUCUGAUUACGAAAGUGUGAACUACCACGUCGAAGAACAUCGCGAACCUGAUGAUGAAGAUUUACAUGAAAGUAUGAAAAAGUAUUUCUCCAUCGAGACUCUCGGGGUCAGAGUGCCCAAAGAUGAUUUAUCGUCCAAAGAAGAUCGCCGGGCCACAUCCGUCAUGCAAAAAACGACUAAGCUUGUAGGACAAAAAUAUGAAACAGGUUUGUUAUGGCGUUGUGAUGAUGUUGACUUACCCGAUAGUUAUCCAAUGGCUAAAUUCAGAUUAAAAACACUCAAUCGACGUUUCGAGAAAAAUCAACAGCUAAAACUUGAGAUGCAGAACCAAAUAGAUUCCUACUUAAAUAAAGGCUACAUUCGGAAAAUGGAACAAAGCGAACUAAAAAACCAAUACAAACGUAUAUGGUAUCUUCCUCUUUUUCCCGUAUUAAGCCCAAAUAAGCCGGGAAGAUUGAGAGUUGUUUGGGAUGCGGCCGCAAAGGUUAAUGGUUCUUCUUUAAAUUCAUUCCUUCUGAAAGGACCCGAUCAGCUGUCAUCAUUACUUGGUAUUCUCUUUCGAUUCAGGGAAAAUUCCAUUGCUAUAUGUGGUGAUAUUUCCGAAAUGUUCCACCAAAUCAAAUUAAUUGAAAAAGAUCAACAGGCCUGUCGUUUUUUAUGGAACGAUCGAGAAGAUGAGGAGCCAAGCGUAUAUGUAACUCAAGUAAUGACCUUUGGAGCAACUUGCUCGCCAAGUAGUGCUCAAUAUGUGAAAAAUCUGAACGCUAAAAAGUUUGAAAGUGAUUAUCCUAGAGCAGUCAAGGCAAUUGUAGACAACCACUACGUCGACGACUUGCUCGACAGUGUCGCCACAAUAGAAGAAGCAAUCACAUUAGCUAAACAGAUUAAGAAAAUUCACUCGGCUGGAGGGUUUCAUAUACAUAAGUGGAAAUCAAAUUCUCGUGAAGUGUUGUUGGCACUAGAAAGUUCACAUGAAGAGAUGACUGAGCUCGUCAAUCUUAAUAAAGAAGCAGAACAACAUACUGAAAAGGUUUUGGGUAUGUGGUGGGACACACAAUCAGAUUCAUUCACAUUUUCACUGAAACUCAACAAAGGUAGCAAAAGUGUUUUGAAUGGCCAACAUAAACCAACCAAACGUGAAGUUUUGAGAAUUUUGAUGUCGAUUUUUGAUCCCUUAGGGUUAAUUAAUCACUUUACAAGUUAUUUGAAAGUUUUGUUACAACAAAUAUGGUGCUCCAAAGUAGAUUGGGACGAUGAGAUUGCAGAUGAGCAACACGACCAAUGGCUAAAGUGGCUUCAACAACUUCAUGAAGUGGAAACCAUCCAUAUUCCCAGAUGUUACACAACAAAACCAUAG